GUCAAAAACACGCUUUGUACGAUGCUCCAGCGAGCUCAGUCCGUCGUCCUCGCCACCACCGCCACCGCCGCCGCCCGCGCCUGGUGCACUUGCACUGUUCCUGCGAUGCGUAGCACUCUUCGGGCUGCUGGACCCCGCGCGUCCGUGUCCUGCAAACCGCUCGAGCAUCUGCAGCGGCGAUUCCUGUUCACUGCUCGACCCGGCGGCGCAUCGACCGAGUCACCGUCACCGCCGACGAGCGAUGGAGCGACACUGGCACCAGCAUCAACAGGAUUGAGUGCCGCCGCUGGGGCUGCCUCGACCGCUGCCUCGACCGCUGCUGCUGUUGCUGGAUCUGCAUUGCUGGAUCAUUCGCCCCAAACCGCAGCAGCGCCGCCGACGCCACCGCUGGUCGUCUCUGUGCCUGGCGUGCAGCGACCCGUGCACUGCGAGCCGGUUGCAGCAGACGAGACGCGGAUUCCGACGGCGCACUUGCUCGGCGCACCGGAGCGGGCGCGGAUGGUCGCUGCGCUCAAGAGCCUCAAGCGCAGGCACCUGAGCAGGCAGCGAUCCGCAGCAGUCCUCGUCCCGCUCUGCACCGUCAACGGCGUCCCGUCAGUGCUCUUCACUGUGCGCGCGUCGUCAUUGUCCAGCCAUUCGGGCGAAGUCAGCUUCCCUGGUGGCAUUCGCGACCCAACAGACGCCAGCAUUGAGGAAACAGCGCUGCGCGAGUCCUUCGAAGAGCUCGCCAUUCCAAAAGACCAGAUUGACAUUCUCGGGUGCUUCCAUGACACGCUGGACAAGUCGCGAACCAUCUCUGUAACACCCGUGAUUGGCGUCCUGAAGGACGGCUUCCAAUUGUCAGACAUGCGAUUGUCGCCAGGCGAGGUGGCGAGCGCAUUCACCCUGCCAAUCGACCAGAUUAUCAACCCGGCCGUGCGCCAAUUCGCCAUCAUGGACAAGCAGAGCGGAUAUCGGAUGCCCGUGUACCAGGGUGGGCCCGCGGCAGUCUGGGGCCUCACGGCCUUCAUUGUCGAGUGCGCGCUCGCAAUGGUGGUCGUGCCUGCCUCUGUGGAUGACACCACCAGCCCGGCCGUCCGUGAUGCAGUGGAGCGAUAUCGGAGAGUGACUGAAACCAACAUGACUGAGCGAGCGGCGCGGUUUGUCCAAUCACUGUCCAAGAAGCCAUGAUUUUGCUUGUUUGGGGGGAUUUACUUUGUGUGUGUGUCUAAAGCCGUAUGUAUUGCUGAUGAUUGAAAUAUACCAGUUGGGCCUUUGUUCGCUUUGGAGAACAGUGUUUCAUGGACGACGAAAAAC